CAUAGCUUGCUUAGUUGCUUCUAAGCUUCUCACCUUCAUUAUUGCAUUUUACAACAAUACAAUGUCGUCGACCCAUAAAAAGAAGAUUAUACUCAGAAAUAUCACCGUGAAACUAGGCUGCAGCAGCAGCUGCGCGAGGCCGAAAGACUCCACCGUUUUCCAACCUAAACCGCUGCACCGCCGCCGCCAUUCCAAAUCAUCUGCCGGAAAAUUCCGCCGCGGCGACACCGACCCCAAUCACUGCUCUUCCAGUUCUCUGGACACGUCAACAACCACCUUCUCCUCCAAUAUCAGGGCCCUGAAGGCGGUGCAGGGCUUCGGGAGGAUCGACGGGGAGGGCGUCGCCGUCGAGAAGGACUCCAGCGACCCCUACCUCGACUUCCGGCAGUCCAUGCUUCAGAUGAUCCUCGAGAGAAACAUCUACUCCAAGGACGACCUCAAGGUCCUCCUCAACUGCUUCUUGCAGCUCAAUUCCCCUUACUAUCACGGCAUCAUCGUCAGAGCGUUCACCGAAAUCUGGUACGGGAUUUUCUCGGCGAGGCAGCCGCCGGCGGCGGCGGCGGUGGAAGGAGGAGGGAAAGAGUGUGCAUCACGUGACUUUUAGGUGAGGCACGUGACGCCCGUAUCGUCAGUCGUUUACUAACUUUUUCUGUUUUGGGUUUAGUAGCGGGUGGACUAUACAAAUGUGGACCCCUUAAUGUAUUUUGAUUAAUUUGAGUGAUAUAUUAAUAUGAAUAUAUAUAUAUAAAUAUAAUAUGUUGAAUCUAA